CUUGAAAAAAGUGAGACAAAAACGAAAAUAAAGCCGAAAAAAUUCAACAAAUUAAGUUUUAUCGUGUUAAAUUAACUAAUUUAAGCGUAUAAAUAUAACAAACUCAGACUAGAAGGUAUUAGAAGGAGGAUUUAAAGUUAUCCAGCAUGAAUCCUUAUAUGCUACCACCAGGGAUGGGUCCUCCCCAAUCUCCUUGGACAGCACAACUUAUGGCUCAGCAACAGGCAAUGAUGGCUCAACAAAUGCACGCUCAGCAAUUAGCAGCAACGCAAAUUCAAAUUCCCCCAAGUACAGGAAUGGAUUGGAAUUUUGGAAAUCCACCUCCACCAAGAGAAGAAACAAAGAUGAUCAUAAGUGAAGAAAAAUUACAGGAAAAAUCACAGAAAUGGUCACAACUUCAAUCAAAACGAUUUGCCGAAAAGAGGAAGUUUGGAUUUGUUGAUGCACAAAAAGCUGAUAUGCCUGCCGAACAUGUUCGAAAGAUUAUUAGAGAUCAUGGAGAUAUGACUAGUAGAAAAUAUAGACAUGAUAAGAGAGUCUAUUUGGGAGCAUUAAAGUAUAUGCCUCAUGCAGUCAUGAAACUUUUAGAGAAUAUGCCAAUGCCAUGGGAACAAAUUCGAGACGUUCAAGUUUUGUAUCAUAUUACAGGAGCUAUAACAUUUGUAAAUGAAAUUCCAUGGGUAAUUGAACCUCUAUAUAUUGCAUUAUGGGGUACAAUGUGGAUUAUGAUGAGACGUGAAAAGCGAGAUCGUCGUCACUUUAAAAGAAUGAGAUUCCCACCAUUUGAUGACGAGGAACCGCCUUUAGAUUAUGCUGAUAACGUUCUUGAUGUUGAACCGUUAGAAGCUAUUCAAAUUGAUUUAGAUCCAGAAGAAGAUGGCAGUGUCUUUGAUUGGUUUUAUGAACAUAAGCCACUUGUUGGAACUCCACAUGUCAAUGGAUCUACAUUCAGAAAAUGGAAUUUGACAUUGCCACAAAUGGCUACAUUAUAUCGUUUAGCAAAUCAAUUAUUGACAGAUCUUGUCGAUGAAAACUUUUUCUAUCUCUUUGAUCCAAAGAGUUUCUUUACUGCUAAAGCCUUAAAUAUGGCAAUUCCCGGCGGUCCCAAAUUCGAACCUUUAAUCAAGGAUCAGCAUUUAGGCGAUGAAGAUUGGAAUGAAUUUAAUGAUAUCAAUAAAAUAAUCAUUCGUCAACCUGUAAGAACUGAAUAUCGUAUUGCAUUUCCAUAUCUCUACAACAAUAUGCCGCUUUACGUCCAUCUUUCGUGGUAUCACACGCCAAGUGUCGUUUACAUCAAAACUGAGGAUCCAGAUUUGCCAGCAUUUUAUUUUGAUCCAUUGAUUAAUCCUAUUGCUCAUCGUCAUGGUGUUAAAUCUGUUGAUCCAUUACCAGAUGAUGACGAAGAGUUUAUUCUACCGGAUGAACUUCAGCCAUUUUUACAAGAUACACCACUCUAUACUGACAAUACAGCUAAUGGAAUUGCCUUAUUAUGGGCUCCAAGACCAUUUAAUAUGCGAUCAGGACGUUGUCGUCGUGCAAUUGAUGUUCCAAUCGUUAAAUGCUGGUAUAAAGAACAUUGUCCACCAGGAAAUCCAGUUAAAGUUCGUGUCAGUUAUCAGAAAUUGCUGAAAUAUUAUGUCCUUAAUGCUUUAAAACAUCGCAGACCAAAGCCACAAAAGAAACGUUAUCUGUUCAGAUCAUUCAAGGCAACAAAGUUUUUCCAAACAACGACAUUAGAUUGGGUAGAAGCUGGAUUACAAGUGACAAGACAAGGAUAUAAUAUGUUAAAUCUGUUGAUCCAUCGUAAAAAUUUAAACUACCUUCAUCUUGACUAUAAUUUCAACUUAAAACCUGUAAAAACAUUGACAACAAAAGAGAGAAAAAAAUCCCGUUUCGGAAAUGCUUUCCAUUUAUGUCGUGAAAUUCUGCGUUUGACAAAAUUAAUUGUGGACUCUCAUGUUCAAUACAGAUUGAAUAAUGUUGAUGCUUUCCAACUUUCGGAUGGUUUGCAAUACAUUUUUGCUCACGUUGGUCAAUUGACGGGAAUGUAUCGUUACAAAUAUAAACUUAUGAGACAAAUUCGUAUGUGUAAGGAUUUAAAGCAUCUGAUUUAUUAUCGAUUCAAUACUGGAUCUGUUGGAAAAGGUCCUGGAUGUGGUUUUUGGGCACCUGGAUGGAGAGUUUGGCUCUUCUUUAUGCGUGGAAUUACACCUUUAUUGGAGAGAUGGUUAGGAAAUCUUUUGUCACGUCAAUUCGAAGGUCGUCAUAGUAAGGGAGUCGCCAAAACUGUGACAAAACAACGUGUUGAAUCUCAUUUUGAUUUGGAAUUGAGAGCAUCCGUUAUGCACGAUAUCGUUGACAUGAUGCCAGAAGGAAUUAAGCAGAAUAAAGCGAGAACAAUUUUGCAACAUUUAUCAGAAGCAUGGCGUUGUUGGAAGGCAAAUAUUCCAUGGAAAGUUCCUGGACUUCCGAUUCCGAUUGAAAAUAUGAUUCUUCGUUAUGUAAAAAUGAAGGCAGAUUGGUGGACAAAUACAGCACAUUAUAAUCGUGAGAGAAUUCGUCGUGGAGCAACUGUUGAUAAGACUGUUUGUAAAAAAAAUUUGGGUAGAUUAACAAGAUUGUACUUGAAGGCUGAACAAGAGAGACAGCAUAAUUAUUUGAAAGAUGGUCCAUACAUUUCUCCAGAAGAAGCUGUUGCCAUAUACACAACAACAGUUCAUUGGUUGGAAUCGAGAAGAUUUGCUCCAAUUCCUUUCCCACCGUUAUCAUACAAACACGACACAAAAUUGUUGAUUUUGGCACUCGAAAGAUUAAAGGAAGCUUACAGCGUAAAAUCACGUCUAAAUCAGAGUCAACGAGAAGAACUUGGAUUGAUUGAACAGGCUUAUGAUAAUCCUCAUGAAGCUUUAUCGAGAAUCAAAAGACAUUUACUUACUCAGAGAGCAUUUAAAGAAACAGGAAUCGAAUUUAUGGACUUGUACAGCCAUUUAAUUCCAGUUUAUGAUGUAGAACCUUUAGAAAAGAUUACCGACGCAUAUCUUGAUCAAUAUUUAUGGUAUGAAGCAGAUAAACGUCGACUAUUCCCUCCAUGGAUUAAACCCAGCGAUACAGAACCUCCACCGCUUUUGGUCUAUAAAUUCUGUCAAGGAAUCAACAAUCUGCAGGAUGUUUGGGAAGUUUCUGAAGGAGAAUGUAAUGUUCUUAUGGAAUCAAGAUUCGAGAAGUUGUAUGAAAAGAUUGAUUUGACACUUUUGAAUCGAUUGCUUCGUCUCAUCGUGGAUCAUAAUAUUGCUGAUUAUAUGACAGCUAAGAAUAAUGUCGUUAUUAAUUAUAAGGAUAUGAACCAUACGAACAGUUAUGGAAUUAUUCGUGGUCUACAAUUUGCAUCGUUCAUCACACAAUAUUAUGGUCUUGUAUUGGAUUUACUUGUGCUUGGUCUUCAACGUGCUAGCGAAAUGGCUGGACCUCCUCAAAUGCCCAAUGAUUUCUUGACUUUUCAAGACACAGUCGCUGAAAUAUCACAUCCAAUUCGAUUGUACUGUCGUUAUGUCGAUAAGAUUCACAUCUUCUUCAGAUUCACAGCAGAGGAAGCAAGAGACUUGAUUCAAAAGUAUUUGACUGAACAUCCAGAUCCUAAUAAUGAGAAUAUUGUUGGCUAUAAUAAUAAGAAGUGCUGGCCAAGAGAUGCAAGAAUGCGAUUGAUGAAACAUGAUGUCAAUUUAGGAAGAGCCGUUUUUUGGGAUAUUAAGAAUAGAUUACCACGUUCAGUAACAACUGUUCAUUGGGACAAUACAUUCGUGUCUGUAUAUUCAAAGGAUAAUCCAAAUUUGCUGUUUAAUAUGGCUGGAUUUGAAUGUAGAAUUCUUCCAAAAUGCAGAUUACAGCAUGAAGAAUUUACACAUCGUGAUGGUGUUUGGAAUUUGCAAAAUGAAGUUACUAAGGAAAGAACAGCACAAUGUUUCUUGAGAGUCGAUGAUGAAUCAUUAAAUAGAUUCCAUAAUCGUGUAAGACAAAUUUUAAUGGCUUCAGGAUCAACAACAUUCACAAAGAUUGUCAAUAAAUGGAACACAGCACUUAUUGGAUUAAUGACAUACUUCAGAGAAUCAGUUGUAAAUACACAAGAAUUACUUGAUUUACUCGUCAAGUGCGAAAAUAAGAUUCAAACUCGUAUCAAAAUUGGCCUAAACUCAAAAAUGCCUUCAAGAUUCCCACCUGUUGUGUUUUACACACCAAAAGAAUUGGGAGGUUUAGGAAUGUUGUCAAUGGGACACGUUUUAAUUCCACAAUCUGACUUGAGAUGGUCAAAACAAACAGAUGCUGGAAUUACUCACUUCCGAUCUGGUAUGUCACAUGACGAAGAUCAAUUGAUUCCUAAUUUGUAUCGUUAUAUUCAGCCAUGGGAAAGUGAAUUUAUAGAUUCUCAGCGUGUAUGGGCUGAAUAUGCUUUAAAACGUCAAGAAGCGAAUGCACAAAGUCGUAGAUUGACUCUUGAAGAUUUAGAAGACAGUUGGGAUCGUGGUGUUCCUCGAAUUAACACCCUAUUCCAAAAAGAUCGUCAUACACUUGCUUAUGAUAAAGGCUGGCGUAUCAGAACUGAGUUCAAGCAGUAUCAAGUUUUGAAGCAAAAUCCUUUCUGGUGGACACAUCAGAGACACGACGGAAAAUUGUGGAAUUUAAAUAAUUAUCGUACAGAUAUGAUUCAAGCUUUGGGAGGCGUUGAGGGUAUUCUUGAGCACACAUUAUUCAAAGGAACUUAUUUCCCAACAUGGGAAGGUUUGUUCUGGGAGAAAGCCUCUGGUUUCGAAGAGUCGAUGAAAUAUAAGAAACUGACAAAUGCACAGCGUAGUGGUUUGAAUCAAAUUCCAAAUCGUCGUUUUACUUUAUGGUGGUCACCAACAAUCAACAGAGCUAAUGUCUACGUUGGUUUCCAGGUUCAGCUUGAUUUGACUGGAAUUUUCAUGCAUGGUAAAAUUCCGACUCUGAAAAUCUCAUUGAUUCAAAUUUUCCGUGCGCAUUUGUGGCAAAAGAUUCACGAAUCUAUUGUUAUGGAUUUAUGUCAAGUUUUUGAUCAAGAAUUGGAUGCUUUGGAGAUUGAAACAGUACAGAAGGAAACAAUUCAUCCACGUAAAUCAUACAAAAUGAAUUCGUCAUGUGCUGAUAUUCUUCUUUUCCCUGCCUAUAAAUGGAAUGUCUCGAGACCUUCAUUGUUGGCUGAUUCAAAAGAUACUAUGGAUAAUACAACAACACAAAAGUAUUGGAUUGAUGUGCAGCUUCGAUGGGGUGAUUAUGAUUCCCAUGACAUUGAAAGAUACUCGAGAGCUAAAUUCUUAGAUUAUACAACAGACAAUAUGUCAAUCUAUCCAUCUCCAACGGGUGUUUUAAUUGCAAUAGAUUUAGCAUAUAACUUGCAUAGUGCUUAUGGAAAUUGGUUCCCAGGUUGUAAGCCUUUAAUUCAACAAGCUAUGGCUAAAAUUAUGAAAGCUAAUCCUGCAUUAUAUGUCUUGAGAGAACGUAUCAGAAAGGCACUUCAAUUAUACAGUUCAGAACCAACUGAGCCUUACUUAUCAUCUCAAAAUUAUGGAGAAUUGUUCAGUAAUCAAAUCAUUUGGUUUGUGGAUGAUACUAAUGUAUAUCGUGUAACAAUUCACAAAACAUUUGAGGGUAAUUUAACAACAAAACCAAUUAAUGGAGCUAUUUUCAUCUUUAAUCCUCGAACUGGACAGUUAUUCUUGAAGAUUAUUCAUACGUCAGUAUGGGCUGGUCAGAAACGUUUAGGACAACUUGCAAAAUGGAAAACUGCUGAAGAAGUUGCUGCUUUAAUUCGAUCACUUCCAGUUGAAGAACAACCUAAACAGAUUAUUGUAACCAGAAAGGGAAUGUUGGAUCCACUUGAAGUCCAUUUACUUGAUUUCCCUAAUAUAGUAAUUAAGGGAUCAGAAUUGCAAUUGCCUUUCCAAGCAUGUUUAAAAGUUGAAAAGUUUGGUGAUUUGAUCUUGAAAGCGACAGAACCACAAAUGGUUCUCUUCAACUUGUAUGAUGAUUGGCUCAAGACAAUUUCAUCAUAUACUGCAUUCUCACGUCUCAUUUUAAUCCUUCGUGCACUUCAUGUUAAUACAGAACGAACAAAAGUCAUUUUAAAACCUGAUAAGACGACAAUUACUGAAGCUCAUCACAUUUGGCCAACAUUAAGUGACGAAGAAUGGAUAAAGGUUGAAGUCCAAUUAAAAGAUUUAAUUUUGGCUGAUUACGGAAAGAAGAAUAAUGUGAAUGUCGCGUCAUUGACACAAUCUGAAAUUCGUGAUAUUAUUUUGGGUAUGGAAAUAUCUGCACCAUCAGCACAACGUCAACAAAUUGCUGAAAUUGAGAAGCAAACAAAAGAACAAUCACAAUUGACAGCUACGACAACAAGAACAACAAAUAAGCAUGGUGAUGAAAUUAUCACAUCGACGACAUCAAAUUACGAGACACAGAGUUUCAGCUCAAAGACUGAAUGGCGUAUUCGAGCUAUUUCAGCUACAAACUUACAUUUGCGUACAAAUCACAUUUAUGUCAGUUCUGAUGACAUUAAGGAAACUGGAUAUACUUACAUCUUACCGAAAAAUAUUCUCAAGAAAUUUGUGACAAUCUCCGACUUGAGAGCUCAAAUUGCUGGAUAUUUAUAUGGAGUAAGUCCGCCUGAUAAUCCACAAGUUAAAGAAAUUCGUUGUAUUGUCAUGCCAUGUCAAUGGGGAACACAUCAAGUUGUCAAUUUACCCAAUAUUCUACCUACACAUCAAUAUUUGAAGGAUAUGGAACCAUUAGGAUGGAUUCAUACACAACCAAAUGAAUUGCCACAAUUAUCACCUCAAGAUAUUACGACUCAUGCCAAGAUUAUGUCAGAAAAUCCAAGUUGGGAUGGAGAAAAGACUAUCAUCAUUACUUGUUCAUUUACGCCUGGCUCAUGUUCAUUAACAGCUUACAAAUUAACACCUUCCGGUUUUGAAUGGGGAACUAAGAACACUGAUAAAGGAAACAACCCGAAAGGCUACCUGCCAAGUCACUACGAGAGAGUUCAAAUGUUAUUAUCCAACAAGUUCCUUGGAUUCUUCAUGGUUCCUGGACAAGGAAGUUGGAAUUACAAUUUCAUGGGAGUGCGUCACGAUCCAAACAUGAAGUAUGACUUGAUGCUAUCAAAUCCAAAAGAAUUUUACCACGAAGUUCAUCGACCUGCUCACUUCUUAAUGUUUUCAAAUCUCGAAGAUGCUAGCGAUGGAACCGGAGCAGAUCGUGAAGAUGUAUUUGCUUAAAAUAAUAAUAAUUAUAAUAAUCUAUAGAUUUAUGUCCCAAUGAAACAAUGAAAAUAAAAAAAUUUUCUUCAUUUUAAAAAUAA